AUGUCACGAAACCCGCUCCUGCUGAUGCGGUCCUCCCCUGCCCUGGGAACAGGCUCUUAUGGCGCGGUGCCGAUGUUCAAUGGCAGGUCAGCAUCUGAAACGAGCUCAGAAGACGAAGAAGAUCCAAGGACUCAGCGGAGGAGUCAAAACAGUCGUGGAAAGAGAGUACAGUCCGCGCACAGUCUGCGCGUUGACAAUGGGCAAGCGUCAGACCCGCGGCGUCGGUAUCGCAGUACCGAAUGGCUGCGCAGAAGGUCUUCGUCGGCAGCAAGUGAUGUGGGAAUGGGGCUCGAUGCCAAAACCACCUUUGCUGUCAAUCCACCGGCGAUUGCAGAGCACAAGGUUGAGUCCUCGGACGCGAGCACACGGACAGGAAGUGGAGAUGAAAUCGAGCAGGAGUAUACACCCACCGAGGACGAUCCCCCGGACAACUCUCCCUACCCCGAGGUGCGAGCUUCGGUACCCGCCACGGACAACACAUCACUGUCGAUUAACACCCCUCGCAUGUGGUUUUUGUCGUUGCUUUUUGCGAUCGCAGGGUCCGCGACCAACCUUUUCUUCUCAUUAAGAUAUCCUAGUGUGGCUAUAACACCGGUCAUUGCUCUGGUCCUGGUUCAUCCUCUAGGUAAACUAUGGGACCUUGCAUUCAAGAGGGAACACGAUACAGACAGCAUUUUUGUCGAUGGUACGCGCCAGCCCAGCGAGCAGCAACCUCAACACAGCCGGAAGGAAAGGCUACGUUUAUGGCUAGGGCAAGGCCGCUGGAACGAAAAAGAGCAUGCCUGCGUAUAUAUCAGUAGCAACGUGUCAUUUGGUUUCGCCUUUGCUACUGAUGUUAUUGUCGAGCAACACAAGUUCUACAAGCAGGAGGUUCCGAUUUUAUACCAGCUCCUGCUGACCGUCUCGACCCAAAUUCUGGGCUAUGCCUUUGCCGGUCUCACAAGGCGCUUCCUGGUCCGCCCGGCCGCCAUGAUAUGGCCCGGAACGCUCAUGUCCACCGCCAUGUUCACCACCAUGCAUAAGGACGAAAACAAACCUGCCAACGGCUGGACGAUUUCGCGAUAUAAAUUUUUCAUCUACAUCUGGGCGGCCGCAUUUGUAUGGUAUUUUGUUCCUGGGCUUCUGGCCCCUGCAUUGAGUUACUUCAACGUCAUCACCUGGUUUGCGCCGAAGAAUGUUGUCAUCUCCAAUCUGUUUGGAGUUGCUUCUGGGUUGGGACUAUUUCCUGUCACCUUCGACUGGGCGCAGAUCGCCUAUAUUGGCUCACCUCUGUUGACACCAUGGUGGGCCGCAGCAAAUGUCGUGGGUGGACUUGUCCUGGUCAUGUGGAUCAUUGCGCCCAUCUUAUAUUACAAAAACGUCCUGUUCUCAGGAUACCUUCCUAUCCUGUCGUCGGCGGUCUUCGAUAACAGAGGGAAGCCAUACGAUGUCAGCAAGAUCUUGACGCCCGACUUCUUGUUCGACAAAGAAGCCUACGACAAUUACUCCAGGGUGUACCUCCCUAUAACCUACGUCCUGUCAUAUGGGGUACAAUUUGCAGCUCUUGCGGCGUUGCUCAGUCAUACGGCCUGCUGGCAUGGCCGCGACAUCUUGCGGCAGUCCCGACAGGCGUUUAACGAACGACAUGAGAAAUCUGCAGUUGAAUAUCAAGCUAUCCCGACGACCGAGAAUGACUACAGUCUGCGAAGGAUCGAUAGCUCUACCAUGCGAGCCAGCGGCGAAGAUGUGCACAACCGCUUAAUGAGAAGGUACGAGGAUGUGCCAAUGUGGUGGUAUGCCGGCACCUUCGUCACCAUGUUGGCGGUUGGAAUUUUUGUUGUCGAGUACUAUCCAGUCCAUCUACCGUGGUACGGGCUGUUGAUGGCACUAGGAAUCACGACGGUGCUUUUCAUCCCAGUGGGGAUUGUCAUGGCCAUCACGAACCAACACAGCAGUUUGUAUCUGAUUUGCCAGCUGAUCUGCGGUGUCGUCUUCCCCGGACGACCCGUGGCCAACAUGGUCUUUGUGACAUACUGCUACAUCAGCUCGGCGCAAGGGAUCAAAUUCUCGUCCGACCUGAAACUGGGCCAUUACAUGAAGAUCCCGCCGAAACUUUUGUUUAAAGUGCAAAUGACAGCCACGCUGGUAUCGAGUCUGGUGCAGAUUGGGGUUCUUAAUUGGAUGUUUGUCAACAUCCCCGGCAUCUGCACGCCGCAGGCGAUCAACGGAUUCAACUGUCCCAUCGCACGCGUCCAUUUCAACGGCAGCAUCCUCUGGGGCGUCGUUGGACCACAGCGGUUUUUCGGCCCAGGAGCCCUCUAUCGACAUUUAGUCUGGGCGUUUCUCAUCGGCUUCGUCGCCCCCGUCCUGAUCUGGCUGCUCGGUCGGGGCCGCAAGAAGACCGUGUGGAGAAAAGUCAAUUUACCCGUCCUGUUCGGCAGUCUGUCCUGGAUCCCGCCGGCCACGGGGCUCAACUUUUCCAUCUGGGGCGUCGUCUGCUUCGCCUUCAACAGUCUCGUGAAACGCCGCGCUUCGGCCUGGUGGGGGAAAUACACUAUGACCAUGUCGGCCGCCUUGGAUUCCGGGCUGGCGUUUUCGUUGGUCGUUGUCUUUUUUGGAUUCGUCUAUCCCGGAUGGAUGGAUAACUUCAAGUGGUGGGGCACGGAGAUCUAUAAGCAGGGCUGUGACUGGAGAGCUUGUCCUUGGAUUUCGCUGAAGCCGGGCGAACGGUUCGAUCAACAAUAA